AUGUCGGGAUUUGCGGUAUGGUGUACCAGUACUACAUUAGGUGGUCUGAACUACGUUAAUAACGGCUUAGUUGGUAUAAAUUCAAAUAGUCAAACAGAUGUGCAACUCGGCAACGGAUUUUACUUGAAACCUGGUCAAUUAAUAUUUCAUCCUGGCGUUAACAAUGCUCAUGCGUGUCUUCGUUUUACAGUUCCGUUAGCUGGCUUCUAUGAUGUGGAAGGUAUAUUCUUUUCACCGGGACUUCCUAGUACUCCAAAUGGGUAUGCAACCACAGAUGUACAUUUGUCCAUUAAUAAUGUUGAGCUUCGAUCGUUGUGGAUCAAUCAAAACUCAGGCAUGUUGAUCUUUCGUCAAAUUUAUUUGAACGUUGGUGAUUAUGUUCAAUUCGAAAUUGGAUGGGGACAAAACAAUAACUAUGGUUCUGAUACAACUGCUGCAAAUAUUACAAUUGUAGCCUACAGCUAA